AAGCAUCCGUCGUGCAUAUUUGUGUACUCGUACACGCGCGCGUAUGUAAUACGCGACAGUGGUGUCAGUGGGUUGUUUUUUUCCUAUUGUUUUCUGUUGCUCCGAUUCUCUUUCUCCGAUUGGAACCGAUACCUGCGGAAUCAACGGCGGCGGCAGUAGCUGCCGCCGAGCUUGGUGAGGAUAAAUCGCGGUGCGAUUUUUCGCCAAAAGGACGGAUCCACGGCUGAUUACUGAUAACUGGAACAGGAAACGUAGUGCGUUCGCCAAGGACGAGAACGUCAAAUUUGGAUUGGUGGUGCUCGUGUACUCAACGGAAAUAUCGACACGCGUCUAUAUCUGACUAAACUCGUGGAGGAGAACGUAUUCUCGGUCGGACUAUGCGUCGCCAGGACGACAGUGAUCGCUGUGACUGAGUGAUCCUCGGAGGAAGGCGCUUACGAAAGAAGGAAGCAUUUUCGGAGCAAGUGGAUACAGACAUAUAAAAGAAACUCGGAGAAACGAGCGUAAGAGAGUGAGAGAACAAAAAGGGAGAGUGCGAGAGGGGGUGAAAGAGAGAUUGAGAGGGUGAGAGUGCGCGCGAGAGAGAGAGAGAGAGAAAGAGAGAGAGGGAGAGAGAGAGAGAGGAGGAGAGAGAGAGAGAGAGAGAGAGAAAGAGGGGGAGAGAGAUAGAGAUAGAGAGAAGGACAGAUUCGGAGCGCCAGCGGGUGUGCGUGGCAGAAGAGAGGAGAGAAAAAGAGAGAAAAAGAAAGAUUUCGGUUCUCCAGCCAGCGCGCGCUGACAAAAGCUCGUGGUUACUGGUGCCGCGAGGACGCGAAAGCGGACCGUGCACGGGUCCUUGUAGCGCGUCGCGCACCCCCGGAGGCGGCGCGAAAUUAUGAAGCGUAUAAAGUGCGCCCUACUAGCUGCCGCAGCUGCCGUUGAUUGUGAUAGCCGCCGGUGAAUGUGUGAUCCGGGGGCAGCAGAGAUCCGCCGGGAUGACGACCGAAGGGACGACCGAGCAGCCCCCGGUAGACGACUGCCUCAAGGAGCGGAAAUGGUGGUGCUUCCUGCUGUCGAGCAUCUUCACCUUCCUCGCCGGGCUGCUGAUCGUGCUCCUCUGGCGUGCGUUCGCCUUCCUCUGCUGUCGCAAGGAGCCCGAACUAUCUCCAAAUGACCCGAAGCAGAAGGAACAGAAGACGGCCCGCCAGGGCAAGGAGUUCGAGGGGACUUUUAUGACCGAGGCCAAGGACUGGGCCGGCGAGCUGAUUUCCGGACAGACCACCACUGGACGUAUCCUGGUGGUGUUAGUUUUCAUUCUCAGUAUAGCAUCGCUUAUAAUAUACUUCAUCGAUGCCUCCAGCGAAGAGGUGGAGCGUUGCCAGAAGUGGAGCAACAACAUUACUCAGCAGAUAGACUUAGCUUUCAAUAUAUUUUUUAUGGUCUACUUUUUUAUACGCUUUAUCGCCGCCAGUGACAAGCUGUGGUUCAUGCUGGAGAUGUAUUCGUUUGUGGAUUAUUUUACGAUACCACCGUCCUUCGUGUCGAUAUAUCUCGAUCGGACGUGGAUCGGACUGAGGUUCCUCCGAGCCCUACGACUGAUGACGGUCCCUGACAUCCUCCAGUACCUAAACAUUCUAAAGACAUCGAGUUCUAUUCGUCUCGCCCAACUCGUAUCCAUCUUCAUCUCCGUCUGGUUGACCGCUGCUGGCAUCAUUCAUUUGCUUGAAAACUCAGGGGACCCUUUCGAGUUCAAGAACCCACAACAGCUUUCGUACUGGACCUGCGUGUACUUUCUGAUCGUAACGAUGUCCACGGUAGGAUAUGGCGACGUUUUCUGCCAGACGGUUCUCGGCCGCACAUUCCUAGUAUUUUUUCUACUCGUCGGUUUGGCAAUUUUUGCUAGUAGCAUACCCGAGAUAAUAGAGCUCGUAGGCAGUAGGUCCAAGUACAGCGGCGAGUACAAGCGGGAGCAUGGAAAGAGACAUAUUGUCGUGUGCGGUCACAUCACCUACGAAUCAGUCUCGCACUUCCUCAAGGAUUUCCUACACGAGGAUCGCGAGGACGUCGACGUAGAAGUUGUCUUCUUACAUAGGAAAGAACCGGAUCUCGAAUUGGAGGGUCUCCUCAAGAGGCAUUACACGACCGUGGAGUUUUUUCAGGGCACCAUGAUGAAUGCCGUGGAUCUGGAGCGCGUCAAGGUACACGAAGCGGACGCGUGUUUGGUACUGGCGAACAAGUACUGUCAGGAUCCGGACGCGGAGGACGCGGCGAACAUCAUGCGCGUCAUCUCCAUCAAGAACUAUUCGGACGACAUUCGCGUUAUCAUUCAGUUAAUGCAGUAUCACAACAAGGCCUACUUACUAAACAUUCCAUCGUGGGAUUGGAAGCAGGGUGACGAUGUUAUAUGCCUGGCGGAGUUGAAACUAGGUUUUAUCGCGCAGUCCUGCCUCGCGCCUGGCUUCAGCACUAUGAUGGCCAAUCUCUUCGCUAUGCGUUCCUUUAAGACGAAAUGGUUGGUUGAUUGGUACCAGUCGCCCGAUAUGCAGGCUUGGCAGAAUGACUACCUGCGUGGAACCGGAAUGGAGAUGUACACCGAGACACUGAGCCCUACCUUCAUUGGAAUGCCCUUUGCGAAAGCCACUGAGUUGUGCUUCACAAAACUGAAGCUCUUACUGCUGGCCAUCGAAAUAAAGGGCGAAGCAGGCUCGGACAGUAAAAUCUCGAUUAACCCACGUGGUGCCAAGAUCGCUGCAAAUACUCAGGGAUUCUUCAUUGCUCAAUCGGCUGACGAAGUGAAGCGGGCGUGGUUCUAUUGCAAAGCAUGCCACGAGGAUAUUAAAGACGAGACUCUGAUCAAGAAGUGCAAGUGCAAAAAUUAUGUGGGGAUGAUGAUGAUGCAGACAGGGAUGGUGAAGGGCAACACUGCCUACAGCAGUUACCUCGACGUGGCCACAUUCCGGAAAGGCGUGCGAGCUGUUCAGAUGGUUGGAAGAGCAAGUGAAGACCUCUCGUACGCAAACGACCACCAUCCUCCCCCCACAUUCACUCCGCCAGAACUGCCCAAGAUGGUUCACGUAAGAGGUGAGAUCAGUCGUGAACGAGAUGAUCCGAAUGCCAUGAGAAAUCAUCGAAACUCUGUUGGGAUGACCAUGAUAAAUUCUACGAAGCAAGUGAACAAGGUGAAACCGAACGUAAACCGCGCGGCGAAUGACAGUUUGUCCAGUCCGAAUCAGCCGUAUAAUCAGAGAUCGCAAGAGGAGUCCGCAUACGCUGGCUACCAUCUCGCCUACGAAGUCAAAAAGCUCAUGCCAACGAGCAGAGCCUCGGGUGGCACGAACGUCAACAACAACGGUGGUCUUCAGGUCGGGAUCGCUGACGAUCAAGCGAAAGAUUUCGAUUUCGAGAAGACCGAGAUGAAGUACGAUUCAACGGGGAUGUUCCAUUGGAGUCCCUCACGCAACCUCGAAGACUGCAUAUUGGAUCGUAACCAGGCGGCGAUGACAGUUCUUAACGGACAUGUCGUUGUCUGCCUGUUCGCCGAUCCCGACUCGCCCCUCAUCGGACUGAGAAACCUUGUCAUGCCAUUACGAGCUUCCAAUUUUCAUUACCACGAGCUUAAACACGUAGUGAUAGUUGGGUCGGUGGACUACAUACGCCGCGAGUGGAAAAUGCUGCAGAAUCUACCGAAAAUAUCGGUUCUAAAUGGUUCACCACUAAGUAGAGCCGAUUUGCGUGCCGUUAACGUGAAUCUGUGCGACAUGUGUUGCAUCCUGUCGGCAAAAGUGCCUAGCAACGAUGACCCCACCCUCGCCGACAAGGAGGCCAUCCUCGCAUCCCUUAAUAUCAAGGCUAUGACUUUCGACGAUACAAUUGGCGUGCUUAGCCAAGCAGAUAAUGAACAAGGUAAUUUGACUGCAGUUGGCAGCCCGAUCGUCUUGCAGCGGAGGGGAUCCGUUUACGGAGCGAAUGUGCCAAUGAUUACAGAACUUGUAAAUGACAGCAACGUGCAGUUCCUUGACCAGGACGACGACGAUGACCCGGACACGGAACUCUACCUCACACAACCGUUUGCCUGCGGCACUGCCUUCGCAGUCAGCGUGUUAGAUUCUCUUAUGUCCACGACAUAUUUCAACCAAAACGCGCUGACUUUGAUUCGGUCACUGAUCACCGGUGGAGCCACGCCCGAGUUGGAACUAAUCUUGGCUGAAGGAGCAGGUUUAAGGGGGGGUUACAGUACGGCGGACAGCCUGGCCAAUAGAGAUCGGUGUCGCGUUGGUCAGAUCGCGUUGUACGACGGGCCAUUGGCUCAGUAUGGCGAGGGAGGCAAGUACGGUGACCUCUUUGUCGCAGCAUUAAAGUCGUACGGAAUGCUGUGCAUUGGUCUGUACAGGUACAGGUUUCGAGACACUAGCUCGUCGUGCGACGCCUCUUCCAAGCGAUACGUGAUCACAAAUCCACCCGAUGACUUCACAUUAUUACCUACGGAUCAGGUUUUCGUGCUGAUGCAGUUCGACCCGGGUCUUGAAUACAGGCCGAGCAGAGGUGCCCGAGGCAAGGAUGACUCCUCCUGAUUGUUGCUGUGUAGCGCCCUCACCGACGGACCAUAUUCCUACAUCUAAUCAUGCGUUAGAUAGAAACCAUCAUGCCGUCCAUCGUCCCUGCAACCGUUUUGCCUUCGCCGAAGAACACCAUCGUCAUAUAACGUCGCGCGCAUCAUCAACGAGUUGUCGCGACUUACAAAAUAGUUCACAAAACAGAUCGCAGCCAUGUCCGUUCCCUCGAUAGGCCGGUACACACAGAGACGUGGUACAAGCGUAACAUUUACUUGCCGAUUCGACUCCUCGAAGAUUUCAUUUCGCUUCGUUCGCCGUGCGACGCGAUUAUUUUCAUCAAACCAUCGAAUAUCUCGAGGUUGAUGCGCGAGUCGUAAGGAUGAAGACUCGGAAGCCUAACACAAACGAUAGUCGUACCGAAGCGGGAGAACGAGGAGAGGAGGAAAUGCAAAAUGCGAGGAUGCAGGAUAAUAUGCGAGAGGAAGAAGACGCAAAGGGACAAUGGCAAGUGGCAUGAUGCUGUGCGGUCCGAGGGUAGCUACACGUCUCUUUUUUUUUUCUUUACUCAAGCUAAGAACAAUCGUCUUCGCCCGAAGACGACGCCAUAAGGACUGAAUCUGACAUUUCGCAAAGCGUAACACUGUGUUAUCAAGCCCCCGCUGGCUCUCCGCAACCGGAAAGGAAGAAAGUGCACGGGGGGAGAGUAUAGCUUAAAGUUUUUAGCACGUGGCUUUGCCUCGAUGGGCGCUGUGAAAUUGCAGUAUCCUACGCGGUGAAAACGGAAGAACAAUCACCGUUCAUAGUAAUUCGUUGCGGCACGUGUUAAUGUAUAUAAUACGUAACCCAGAAAAAAUACACAUAUAUAUAUACACAAACACACACAUACACACACCGUCGUUCCACAUGAACGAGCUGUGAAAAGGCAAAGAAACGACGGGAAGAGGUGAAGGAGGAAGAGAGAAUUCUGGGAGUGCAGCGAAACUGGGCUCGUUCGUCAACGUUUCGUCUCUUCGAGAGGGCGAUUCCCUCUCGUCGCGACCUCGCGUCGUCUUUCACGGACGGUGCCGGACUCGGCGCGAAUCGAGUGCCGGGACAAACGUAGUGCCGGACAACUACGCGCAACCCUUACCUCGUGUGUCUUGUUUUAUGGCUAAUGAAACAAAAAAAAAUAUCUCAAUCAAGCACUUUCUACAGAUUCUAUAUAUAUAUGUGUAUAUAUAAUGUAUACAUAUAUACAUAUAGAUAAUUAUGAUAAAAGAAAAAUACCCUUUUCCACACAACUUUAAGUAUAAAUCGUCUAUAUAUCGGUAUAUAUACAUUAUAGGUAUAUAUGCACAUAUAUAUAUGUAUAAAUAGACAUUCUCUCUUUUAUAUAUUUUUGUGAAACUCACGUGUGUAUAUAUACGAACGUACAUAUAUAAAGAAAAAAUAUACAUAUGUGUAAGAGAAAUACACAGAUACACCCAUACACAAAUACUUAAUCUUUUUUGACAUACACACACACACUCUCUCUCUUUCUCUCUCAUACAUUCUCUUUAUCUUUCUUUUCCCCGCCCUUCAACUGCGCGUACAUGUAUGUGUGCGCGUGCACACACGGACUCUUCGCUGGUAUACAGAAAACACGCACAUGUAAUCACACACGUAUGAGAACAGGCGUGUACGUAACGACGCACGCGCGCGCGCAGUCACACACAGUUGCAACCUACAAUUUGACAUUUACUUACGUACAUAUACGUAUAUACACAUCUAUAUACACGCACAUACACGCAAAGCCGAGAAUUAAGAUUGAAGGGGAUGAUUCGCGCGUGAGUGCGCGCGCGAGCGGACACAUACGUGAGACUGUUCUUCAAAAAAGUGGCAAAUAAAGUCGAAAGAUACGAAGAAAGACUAGAAAAAAAACAAAAAAAAAAAAAAAUAAUCGUGACGAUGACAAAAACGCGCGAUACGUAUCGAUUACCGCGAGACACCGAUUUCGCGCCCGAUCUUCAUACAUCGUCAGCCCGGAAACCCACAACUGAGGAUGCAAACAGUAAAAAAAAUAAAAAAAAUAAAAAAAAAGAGAGGAGGAGAUCACGAAGCAGACAGAUUAAAAACUAGCUGUGGUAGUCGCUGCCGUGUUUCGUAUUACGCAUACACCUUGUAUAAUCGUCGUCAUCGUUGCCGCCGCCGCCGCCGCCGCCGCUACUGCUGCUGCUGCUGCUGCUGCUGCUGUUUGCAAUAUCCACGUGCACUGUUCACUGCCACUGCAGUUCGUGUUAAUAUCGUUGUACAUAACUUUCUAUGUAUAGCUCGAGUGCGGCGAAAGAAAGAGCAAGGCGAGGCGCGCGAGUGGACACGCACCCUGCGAAGUACAAAGGACACGUAGCGUCGAUCGCGCAAACAGGACUGAGCUGCACUGACAAUCCGGAUCAACCAGCUUCCUGUCAACGAGUUAUCCUCCCUCUAUAAAGCACUAUGAUAACAUAGGUGGAGAAGGCAAACUUAACAACCUGAAUAGUUAAAUAUAUCGCGUAACCGCGCUCAUGUAGCACAACACGAAUAAAAUAAAUUUAAUUAAUCAGUUUCCUAAACCGGACGAUGUCGGUGCAACUAGUCCGAAGGAUAGCUCACGCAGAAUCUUCAAAUCUCGCGGUUCGCGAAAUAAUAUCAUGGAAAUCUAACUUCUACUCCUAAGAUAGUCUGAAAGCCGCAUACGGCAAAUAUAGUUUUGCACUAUUUAUCGUAUCACGUUUCUCUGCAUUGAGAUAGAAAGAAAAUUUUUACUAUUAAUCAGUUUAUCCGACAGAACAUUUUUUGUUUGUAUCAUUCAAACUGCGGUGGCAUACGCGGGUUAAUCGAAAUUUAAAUGGUGCAAAACUUGUUUGCAUGUGUAUAUAUUUUCAUUAGACUAAAAAGUUUUAAGUUGCAAAGUAAACGUUCUAAUUUUUUAUAGCAAUUAAAACUCUAUCACGUUACAUUUUUUAUACGAUAUGAACGUAAUUCCAUGGCACUUGCAAUGUAACAAAUGUCUUUCUUGAUUUCCCGAAGUACUUUAUUUGUAAAACAAGUAAGUAUUUUUGUAAUUAAAACAAUCACUAAAGUGUUAUACACGUGUGUUCUUGAUACAGAGUUUAUCUACAAUCACAUAGUGUUCAAAGUAUUUUAUAUUUGUUUGAAAGCACUUGGAAAAUCGGAUUUGUGACACAAUCGAAUUUGUAGUGAAACGAAAGACGAUUAGGCGAUAUAUGAGAUUAUAUUUCCGAUGCGAACUGAUUCAGUCGAGAACUUGCGCGCUUCGCCACGUUUCUCGCGCGCGGAACGGUACCCGUUUAAAUGGACAUUGUAUUUCCGCAGCGAUCGAAUUCCGUGCGUCUUUUCUCGUCUUUUCUCUUCCUCCCAGCCGAUUCUGAAAAUCUGGAAUCGAAAUUUCUUAUUCUCGUAAACUCGCGUGUUUCCUUACGCUGAAUGGAUUCACGCUGAACGGACGUGAUAAUCGGCGCUACGAAGCGACAAAUUUACAAAAGAGAAAAACUCGCGAGAAAUCUACGUGUAAAGCAAAAAUCUCGAUUGAAGAAACACGUAUCUGAUCGUAUUACGUUAUUCUUGAGAAACAUCUGUGUGUUUGUUUCUUUCCUCUCUUUUUGUUGUCAUCGAGUCUCUUAACGAACGAAAUGUUUAUCGACGAACCACGAGUUUGCGAGCGAGUCCUUCGCGUUUUGAGCGCCGGAGAAAGCUUCGAGAGAGCUUCGGCGACUCUGUCUCGCCUUGACGCGAUUCUAUACGAAAAUAAAACAAAUUCGUGCGUUAGAUUUUGUGGAAGUCGUUUAUCAAGCGACAAAAAAAAGAAAUCUCGUCGGAGCCUUGUGUAGAGUUUUAGAUGAUCGGUCAAGAUUCGCGUCGCGCGGGGCAAGCCAAAUAAAAGAAAUUUCAGCAGCUUCUAUUGAUUUAUUUCCUGAUGUUUGCACAUUUUAUCAUAUCUCUUUGACUUAUAUAAGAAAGAUUGUGAUGUUGAUGCGAAAGAUGAUUUCCGUGCGAUUACGAUUGUGAUAUUGCUUAAAAGUAAGUCAAUUGUGUAUUCCAUUCGGCGAAUUUGCAGAUUAUGCGAAAUACCUGCGGCUGGCCAAUCGCGCGUCGUGAAUCGCUCAUGCACUCUCUUUAAGAAUUAAAUCGUGCACCGAUUCAAUCGAUAUCAUCAACCGUAAUCAUGUUCUCGUUGCGUCGCGCGGAAUAAAUGUGACGCAUUUGUGUGUAUGUGGAACGUGUGUAUCUUAACGAAGUACAUACUUCGAAGUAUAUAUAUAUAUAUAAAUAAGCCCAUAAAAAAAUCGAACAAAGAACUCGAAGUAAUUCGAGAUAUAAAUAUAUAUAUAUAUAUAAAUAUAUAUAUAUAUAUAUGGAGAUUUAAAAAAAAUGUAUAAAGAGAGGGAAUUAAGGCGCGCUGAGCGUACGCCACCUUCAAUGCCUCAUUGACCUCAUCUAAUGCUUUUUUAUCUGUACAUUUACAAUUUGUGUACCAAUGAGGAACGUUGUUUAAUCAUGUUGUUGAUGUUAUUGUUAAAGAAUGAGAUUCAAUAUUGUACAUAACUAUAUAUUCAUUAUAAUUGAUGAUAUAAAUAAUUAUAUACAUAAAA